GUCAGCUGAUCAAUCCCGUUCCUGCUUGCUGCUGCACAGUAGUCGAGAGAAUGUCAGGCAAAGAUAAAUUACCAAUUUUCCCCUCUAGGGGGGCCCAGAUGUUGAUGAAAUCUCGCUUACAAGGAGCGCAAAAAGGACAUGGUUUACUAAAGAAAAAGGCAGAUGCAUUGCAAAUGCGUUUUAGGAUGAUCUUGGGGAAAAUUAUAGAAACCAAAACUUUGAUGGGUGAAGUAAUGAAGGAAGCUGCUUUUUCAUUGGCAGAAGCAAAGUUUGCUACAGGAGACUUCAAUCAGGUGGUUUUGCAAAAUGUGACGAAAGCACAGAUCAAAAUUCGUUCCAAGAAGGAUAAUGUUGCCGGCGUAAAUCUACCGAUAUUCGAAUCCUAUCAGGAUGGAACUGAUACUUAUGAAUUGGCGGGUCUGGCAAGAGGUGGUCAACAAUUAGCCAAACUAAAGAAAAAUUAUCAACGGGCAGUGAAAUUGCUGGUAGAAUUGGCAUCUUUGCAAACGAGUUUUGUCACUCUGGACGAAGUUAUCAAGAUCACGAAUCGGCGUGUUAAUGCUAUCGAACACGUUAUCAUCCCUCGAAUUGAGAGAACUCUAGCCUAUAUUAUUUCGGAGCUUGACGAACUUGAAAGAGAAGAGUUCUAUCGUCUAAAAAAGAUUCAAGAUAAGAAGAAGAUCGCUAAGGCAAAGCUUGAAGCGGAAAGAGCAGUACUUAUUGCAGCUGGGCAUGAUUUAGAAGCUACAAAUCUGCUCGACGAGAGUGACGAUGAUGUGCUGUUUUAAAUACUGUAAAUACAUUAAAAAUGUUAAGAUGUUAAUAAUCCCAAAAAGAUGAAAAGAAACUCUUUUCUUCCCAUUUAAAAUUUAUUAUGAUUUUACAUUAUGGCACAAUGAUAGUCUUAUUUGUAUACAUAUUUUAGAAAAUAUUAUUGGGAGCUUUUUUCCUUGUAAUUUUGAGAAAACAACUUCUUUGAACUUACUGUUUUUAA